UGAGCGUUGAUAUAAAUUCUGAAACAGGUGCGAGUGUAAAUGCUCCUCUAUUGACUGCGAACACCUUCACAGGACCAGUAACAAUUUAUGGCUCAAAUGCUGAAGGAAACGAUAAACAGAAAUCCUCAGAGAUGCCAGAGGAACACAGAGAAAAACAAGAGCUGCAAAGCUUUUUUGAAACUCAUGAAAAAAAAAUGAAGAAGAAAACAGAAUUUAUGUUUGAGGGCAACGAAGACAAGGAAGCACAACUCAAGGCUGUUUACACAGAACUGUUCAUCACAGAGGGAGAUAUGAAAGAUGUCAAUCACGAACAUGAGAUUCUGAAGAUCGAUGAUGCCUUCAAGAGCAAAAAAACACAGAACAAACCAAUCAAAUGUAAUGAUAUAUUUACUGAACUGAGAAAAAACAAUGAGAAAAAGAUUGUUCUGACUAAAGGAGUUGCUGGCAUUGGAAAAACUGUCUCUGUGCACAAGUUCAUCCUGGACUGGGCUGAAGGAAAGGCCAAUCAAGAUAUACACUGUGUGUUCCUGCUUUCAUUCAGAGAGAUUAACUUAAUGAAAAAUGAAGAUUUCAGUCUCCACAAGCUUCUGCUGGAAUUUUAUCCUGAACUGAAGGACCUGGGGGGAAAAAGGCUAUAUACGGAAUGUAAGAUAGCAUUUAUAUUUGAUGGACUUGAUGAGAGUCGCCUGUCUCUAAAUUUUAAAAGUAGAUCACUGAACACUGUUGAGGAAAGUGCAUCUGUAGAUGUGAUUUUUACAAGUCUGGUCAAAGGAACUUUGCUUCCAUUAGCUCUUGUCUGGGUGACAUCACGACCAGCAGCAGCCAAUCAGAUCCCUCCUCAGUAUGUGGGGUUGUUCACAGAGGUGCGAGGAUUCACUGACCAACAGAAGGAGGAGUACUUCAGUAAGAGAUUCACAGAUGAGAGUCUAUCCUCCAGAAUCAUCUCACACAUUAAGACGUCUCGUAGUCUCUACAUCAUGUGCCACAUCCCUGUGUUCUGCUGGAUCACAGCCACAGUACUUCAGGAUAUUCUAACAGAGAACAAUGAAGAAAACAUCAACACAACACUCACUGAAAUGUACAUUCACUUCCUGCUUAUACAGAUGAACAUGAAGAACCAGAAAUACAAUGAACAAGAAGAAAGAGAAUGUACAGAGCACUUACAAUUAAAUAAAGAGAUGAUUUUAAAGUUAGCUAAGUUAGCAUUUGAUCAACUAAAGAAGGAAAACAUUGUGUUCUAUAAGGAAGAUCUAAAAGAUUGUGGUAUUGAUGAGAGUAAAGACACUGAGUUCACAGGAAUGAUCGCUGAGAUCUUCAGAAGAGAACACAGACUUCAUGGAGCAAAGGUCUUCUGCUUUGUGCAUCUGAGUGUUCAAGAGUUUCUUGCUGCAGUCCAUGUGUUCAUCUGUUACCUGAACAAGAACAUGCAGGAGCUUCAGUUUUUCUUUGAUGAGCCAAAAGAAAAUGUCACAUUGCAGGAGCUCCUGCAGAAGGCCAUUGAUAAAGCCAAAGAGAGUCAGAGAGGGCAUCUGGAUCUGUUUCUGCGGUUUCUGAUGGGCAUUUCAUUGAAAUCCAAUCAAAUCCUGCUGAAAGGCCUGAUCACACACCCUGAAAACACUACAGAGGGCAUCACAAAAAUAACUAAAUACAUCAAACAAGAACAAAACAAUUACCAUAUCUCAAAUGAAGCUCUAGUCAACCUGUUCUACUGCUUACUUGAACUCAAGGAUCAUUCAUUAUUUGAGGAAAUACAGAGUUACCUCAGUUCAACUGAACAUCCAAGAAGAGAUCUCUCAUCUUCAAUGUGCACAGUGCUGACCUACAUACUGCUGAUAUCAGAGAAGGUGCUGGAUGAGUUCAACCCAAAGAGGUUCACAUCAGAACAAUCAAACUACAAGAGACUCCUUCCAGCUGUGAGAUGCUGCAGAAAAGCUCUAUACAACGGCUGUGGUUUUGAUGAAACAUGCUGUGAAACUCUGUCUUCUGCUCUACAAUCAUCAAACCAUCUGACAGAGUUGAAUCUAUGUAACAAUCACCUGCAGGAUUCAGGAGUGAAGCUGCUUAAUGAAGGACUGAAGAAUGCACACUGUCGACUGAACAUACUGAGGUUGUGUGGCUGUAAUCUCACUGCUCAGUCCUGUGAAAGUUUAUCAUUAGCUCUACAAUCAUCAAACUCUGUCCUGAGAGAACUGGACAUGAGUUACAAUGACCUGAAGGAUUCUGGAGUGAAGCUGCUUUCUGAAGGACUGAAAAGUCCAAAGUCUAGGCUGGAGAUAUUGAGAUUGUCCAUAUGUAAUCUCACUGCUCAGUCUUGUGGGAGUUUAUCAUCAGUUUUACAAUCAUCAAACUCUGUCCUGAAAAAGCUGGACCUGAGUAACAAUGACCUGCAGGAUUCAGGGUUGAAGCUGCUUUCUGAAGGACUGAAGAGUCCAAACUCUAAUCUGGAGAUACUGAGGUUGUCUGGCUGUAUGGUGACAGAGGAAGGCUGUAAUUAUUUGCCUUCAGCUCUGACUUCAAACCCCUCACACCUGAGAGAGCUGGAUCUGAGCUACAAUCACCCAGGAGAUUCAGGAGUCAGGCUGCUCUCUGAAAAAUUGGAGGAUCCAAACUGUUCACUGAGCAAACUCAAUGUUGAUCAUGGAGGAGAAUCCAGGAUUACAGCAGGACUCAAGAAAUAUGAGUGUUUUCUCACACUGGAUCCAAACACAGCAAACAAUCAUCUCAAACUGUCUAAGGACAACAGAGAGGUGACACGUGUGUUUAACCAUCAGUCGUAUCCUUAUCAUCCGGACAGAUUUGAUCGUGUGUAUCAGGUGUUGUGUCGAGAGAGUUUGUUUGGACGUUGUUACUGGGAGAUUGAGUGGUGUGGAUUUGAUGAAGAUAGUGUGUCUAUAUCAGUGUCAUAUAAGAGCAUCAGCAGGACAAAUGGUGAUAUGUGCGUGUUUGGACGCAAUGAUCAGUCCUGGAGUUUGAUCUGCUCUCCUGACAGAUACUCAUACAGACGCAACAGAGACACUGAUCUCCAUGUGAAGCCCAUCAUUAGCAGAAGAACGGGAGUGUUUGAUAAUAUCAGAAGAACAGGAGUGUAUUGUAAUAUCUCUAGAGUAGGAGUGUAUGUGGAUGAGAGCGCAGGAACUCUGUCCUUUUUCAGCGUCUCUGACACAAUGAGACUCAUCCACACAGUCCAGACCACAUUCACUCAGACACUCUGUCCUGGGUUUGGUGUUUAUUAUUCCGGAUCAUCAGUGAAACUGUGUUGAUGAAUCAGAAGAGACUGAGCAGAGAUUCUACCCAGAAUGCUUUGAGCUGCAUGAAGAAUCAGUAACAAUGAGAUUUAGCUGAUGCUUAUAUACAAAGAAAAAAUACUUUAAUACUUAUAUUAAUUAUUAAUAUUAUAAAAUAUCAUGAAAGUCAGAAACAUAGUAUCAUAAAAUAUUUCCCAAGAUUAAUCAAAUUUGCUGAACAGAAAAGUUCCUUAAAGUGUGCUGAUUUCUGCACUCAGUACUUGGUUGGGGCUUCUUCAGCAAAAAGAUCAGUCUGUGGCUGAUGGUCAUUUAAUCAAACUCAAAUGUCAGUAUUAAGUUGGGUGUACACAGUGGGAUACUGAGGGUUUGAGUUUCACGCUUGAGUUUAAUCUGAAAAUUUUAUAACAGCAGUCACACAUGACACAAAUUUAAACUGACAAAAUCUGAUUUUUUUUUAAUUAUCGGAAGAUCGGGAAGUGCUCAUAAUGUUGUGGGAUCGGCAGGAAAAGUCAUUUAAAAAAUGUUACCGUGAACGCCCGCCUUUAUAGUAUUUUGAUAUACUGGAUUUUGACUUUCAUGAGCUGUAAGCUCUAAUCAUCAAAAAAAAAAAACCUUUUGAAAUGUUUUACUUUAUAUGUAAUGGAUCUAGAAUAUAUAUUUAAAAAAGAUGCAUUUCCUGUUUGGAGGCCUUUAUAAACAGACACUUUCCAUGAGUAGGAUGCAAAGUAUUGCCAGUUCUACUGCCUUACCAAGCAUUCUAUAUCAUUGUUCUGUUUAUCUGCCACGGACAUGGAUUCUACUUCGGCUUCCACAUCCUCAUUACAAUGAACUAUGUGUUUAUUUAACAAAAUUCUGCAUGAAAUGUCUAGCUGAUGCUAAAAGAAGAACUUCAUUAAAUGCUUCAAAGAUUAAUUUGUUAUGCACAUUACAUUUGGGAGGAAAAACUAAAGCCGUGGCCAUGGUGUGGAAUAACAUGCUUUUUUUAAUAAACACAAGGUGCAUAGCUGCAUUGACUGCUGCAUUGAAUGCUCUCUUGGCUGUGGUUGUUUCCUAUCAUCCUUCAACAGCCAUUCUGUCGAGAAUUUGCCCAAGAGUUCUCAGCAGUACAGAAGCC